UCAAGUCACUACUGUCUUUGGUAAAAGAUGGGCCUAAGAGGCAAGGUAGUUGGGCAGGUAGAGAUCAGUUUCCAUGGAGAUGUUUAUUAUGAAAUCUAUAGAGAGAGACCACAUGAUGUGCCCUCCAUGUGUUCAGCUAUUCAUUCAAUUGAAGGCCAGGGAGGAACUGUGGGCUCUACCAUCACCUUGAAAUUUACCCAUGAUGGGAAGACCAAAAUGGCAGAAGAUGUUAUUGAGGCCAUAGAUGAUGAGAAGAAAUUGGUGAAAUUCAGAGUGGUUAAAGGUGACAUCUUAGAGGCCUAUAAGAGUUUCAGCCUAACAUGUGAAGUUCAUAGCAAUGAUGAUGACCACUUUGUGACGUGGACUCUUGAGUAUGAGAANAAUUUGUAG